AUGGCCAAGGCAGCUCCACGCACUGUGCUGAUUACCGGCUGCUCCUCAGGCAUCGGACUGUGCAUGGCUGUGCAACUAGCACGGGAUCCAGAAAGGCGAUUUCAUGUCAUUGCCACAAUGCGUGACCUGCGCAAAAAGGACAAGCUGGAGUCAGCAGCGGGGGACACACUCAACCAGACCCUCACCAUUCAGCGCCUUGAUGUCUGUAGUGAUGAAUCUGUAGCUGAAUGCAUUAACAGCCUUCCUGAGAAGCAGCUGGAUGUGUUAGGUGUCCCUUUCAAUGAUGUCUAUGCAGCCUCCAAGUUUGCCAUCGAGGGUUUCUGCGAAAGCCUUGCUGUGCAGCUCCUCAAAUUCAAUAUCUUCAUCUCUCUGGUAGAGCCCGGCCCUAUAAACACUGAAUUUGAGAUGAAGUUGAUGGAGGAAGUGGCCAAGUCUCAGUUUCCAGGAGUUGAUGCUACCACCGUGCACUACUUCAAGGAGAUCUACCUACCAGCAUCACAUGAAAUAUUCACCACCAUGGGCCAGUCCCCCGAGUCUGUGGCUAAGGCUGUGGUCAAUGUCAUUGCAAAAGAACGCCCGCCAUUCCGGACCCAGACAAACCCUCUGUACACACCAUUGGUGGCCCUAAAGUAUGCCGACACCUCUGGUGAACUGUCCGUCAGUACCUAUUACAACCUACUUUUUCGCUUCACCAGACUUUUCUACAUCAGCACAAGCUUCCUCAAAUGCAUUACAUGUCGGUGUUUUCGACGGCAGAUCACACCUACCUGA